AGCGAUUCUAUUCAUCUCACCUGGAUUUGUUUUGGACCCGGAUUCAGUUACUCCACUUAGACUCACCGUCUAAUACGGCACCUCUCGUUCAUUAUUCCAUCUCCAUCCACACCUCUUAUUCCAAUUGCGCCGGCCUAUAUAUGGACCGAUCGACUCCCCUUUCACCAUAACAUCAUCAUCCAGUCUUCUCCAUUACUCCUUAUUCCGAAGGCCCGGCAGCCAUGUCACUGUUAGAAGAUCUCGUUAACAUCAACCUCUCCGACACCACGGAGAAAAUCAUCGCGGAGUACGUAUGGAUCGGUGGAUCUGGAAUGGAUAUGAGGAGCAAAGCAAGGACUCUUUCGGGCCCGGUAUCCGAUCCGUCCAAGUUACCCAAGUGGAACUACGAUGGAUCCAGCACUGGCCAGGCUCCAGGACACGACAGUGAAGUGAUCUUAUAUCCUCAGGCUAUUUUCAAGGAUCCAUUCAGGAGAGGCAACAAUAUUUUGGUGAUAUGCGACGCUUAUACACCGGCUGGGGAACCGAUUCCUACAAACAAGCGGUUCAAUGCGGCCAAGAUCUUCAGCCAUCCAGAUGUCGUCACUGAGGAGCCAUGGUAUGGCAUUGAACAGGAGUAUACUCUGUUUCAGAAGGAUGUUCAUUGGCCUCUUGGAUGGCCAGUUGGAGGCUACCCAGGCCCUCAGGGCCCGUACUACUGCGGUGUUGGAGCUGAUAAGGCAUUUGGCCGUGACAUUGUAGAUUCUCAUUACAAGGCAUGCCUUUAUGCUGGGAUUAACAUAAGUGGAAUAAAUGGUGAAGUUAUGCCGGGCCAGUGGGAGUUUCAAGUAGGUCCUGCUGUUGGAAUUUCUGCAGGUGAUGAGUUAUGGGUGGCCCGCUAUAUUCUUGAGAGGAUUACUGAAAUUGCGGGAGUCGUUUUGUCCCUUGACCCCAAACCUAUCCAGGGUGACUGGAAUGGUGCUGGUGCACAUACAAACUAUAGCACCAAGUCUAUGAGAAGUGAUGGUGGAAUUGACGUGAUCAAGAAGGCAAUUGAGAAGCUUGGCUUGAAGCACAAGGAACAUAUUGCUGCAUAUGGUGAGGGCAAUGAAAGAAGAUUAACAGGCCACCAUGAAACUGCUGAUAUCAACACAUUUUCAUGGGGAGUUGCACAUCGUGGUGCUUCUGUCCGUGUUGGCCGUGAAACUGAAAAGAAUGGCAAAGCUGAAGGUUUCAGCACACUUCACCCCCCACCAAACAAAAUCAAAAUGGGAGCUACACUGGCAUUUCCCUUGGUUACUUUGAAGAUAGAAGGCCAGCAUCCAACAUGGAUCCUUAUUUGGUGACCUCAAUGAUUGCUGAGACCACCAUUCUCUGGAAUCCUUGAUAGCAGGGAGACUGGCCCGCAUAUUGACUAUCUGAAGUGAUUUCUGGGGGACUCAGAUUUAUUCUGUUUGUGGACUUUGCUCAAUCGUGAUCUACUUUUAAAGGGUUGUUUUAUAAUUUAUCUCAAGAACACAGACAUUUUUUAUUCGAAACCAUGAUACAAUGACUGCUUGUCCUAUAAAUAAUCACUGGAGGAAUGCUUUAUUUUUUGGAUCUUUAUUCA